AUGGAUGAUCGCAAGCUUUGGGGUAUAAGGAGAGAUCUUUACUUUGAUAUCCACAAUGUGCUUGGAAACAAGGAUGAACUAAUAGAAAACGGGUUUCUCAUUGAUGUCAAUAGUAAAUAUAUUGAUCCAGAAGUGAGCAGGGAUGAAUUUGUAAAACGAGUAAAUCAAUUUGUCAAGAAUUUUCCUGGCACAAAGAUCGAUUCUUUCUUGGUGAGCUUCAAUUUAAAUUUUGAACAGAGCAACAAUAUUGAUCAAUGGUUAAGUUUUGCAAUUGCAAGAGGAGUAGAGAGAAUCGAUCUACUAUUUCUAGGAAAGCCCUUUGUACGUCACCCUCAAUCAGGCGAACGUUACAAAUUUGCCUUCAAAUUAUUUUCGGAGAGUAAUGCUUCAACUCUAAAACAUGUAGGUCUUGAAUAUUGUCAUCUUGUCCAUCCCACCAAUGGUGACUUUGAACCAUUCAAACAUUUGAAAUCUCUUUCACUUUUAAGUGUAAAAGUGGAUGAAAUAUUCAUAGAAAAUUUGUUAUCUAAUUGUCAACUCCUUGAAGAGCUUUCCUUAGUCGAUUGUGCAUUCAAAUCAUCAACGCCAAAGAUAAUAAGUUCAUCCUUAUGUCAUCUCAAUGUCUCAAAAUGCUAUAAGGUAUCCGGCAGCAAGAAUGCCAUCACAUUCAUAGAGUUAAUGUUAGUCAACUGCCCUAAACUCACUUCAUUAGAAUGUGAUGAAGUUGAUACCUUGAACAUUAAUAGCCAUGUGUUGAAGAGAAUCAACUUCUCCAUUUCAUCCGAAGAAUAUCUUGAUGCAUUUGCUCUCUGUGCAACUUUUCCUGAACUUGAGAUUAUGCAUUUGGGAAUAUUUCCUAUGGUCACACCUUUCCAAGCAAUAGCUCAACCACUCAAAUAUCUUAAACAACUGGACUGCAUUAUUUACUUGUCUUACACCGAUGAUGAUGAAGAAUGUGAUCUUAUGUUAAUUUUGGACAUCCUUCGAGCUUCUCCUCUUUUGCAGAAACUUUCGGUCAUGAUUACAGAUCCAGUACUCUUUGAAAAUCAUAAAGAUAUUAGGGAUGUUGAAGUAUUCUCUCACAACGAGAUAAAAGUUAUUGAAUUAGGAGGUUGUGUUGGCAAUUGGUAUGAAACUGAGUUUGUUAUGAAUGUUCUAAAAUAUGCCCAAAAACUUGAGCAAAUAGUUCUGAGUCCCUAUUGGAGAGAAGAUGACUCGUCAGAUUGGAAUUCUAACCCUGUGUGGUGUCAAAGUGGGCGUAAAAAAAUUAGUGAAAAAAUUCAAGUUGAAGAAAUAGUAGGUUUAGAAAAACUUGUGCUCUUAUAAUUCUUUAGUUUUUAUUUCGUACUAGAAUACAAAAUUUUAAAUUUAUGAAUUCUAAAACCCUGGUUGUUUGUAUCGUUAACUUAUUAUUGUGUUUUGUAUCAUUUACA